CUCAGUUCUGAGUUCUUUUCUGGCUUAUCCCGGGACACCUAUAAGUCGUGGGGCUUCACGCUAGCCGUCUUUAAGUGGACAGCGCGCAUGCGCCGACUUCCUCUUUCCCGGCUGGAACCAUGGAGGGUGCAGAGAAAGUGGUCCCUGCUAAAGAGAAGAAAAAGAAGGUUCCUGCUGUACCAGAAACCCUUAAGAAAAAGCGGAAGAAUUUCGCAGAGCUUAAGAUCAAGCGCCUGAGAAAGAAGUUUGCCCAAAAGAUGCUUCGAAAGGCGAGGAGGAAGCUAAUCUACGAAAAAGCUAAGCACUAUCAUAAGGAAUACAGGCAGAUGUACAGAACCGAGAUUCGAAUGGCCAGGAUGGCAAGGAAAGCCGGCAACUUCUACGUACCUGCAGAACCCAAGUUGGCAUUUGUCAUCAGAAUCAGAGGUAUCAAUGGUGUGAGCCCAAAGGUUCGAAAGGUGUUGCAGCUUCUUCGCCUCCGUCAGAUCUUCAAUGGCACGUUUGUCAAGCUCAACAAGGCUUCAAUUAACAUGCUGAGAAUUGUGGAACCGUAUAUUGCAUGGGGGUACCCAAACCUGAAGUCAGUAAAUGAACUGAUCUACAAGCGUGGUUAUGGCAAAAUCAAGAAGAAGCGAAUUGCCCUGACAGAUAACGCUUUGAUUGCUCGAUCUCUUGGUAAAUAUGGCAUCAUCUGCAUGGAGGAUCUGAUUCAUGAGAUCUAUACUGUUGGCAAACGUUUCAAAGAAGCAAACAACUUCCUGUGGCCCUUCAAAUUGUCUUCUCCACGAGGUGGAAUGAAGAAAAAGACCACCCAUUAUGUAGAAGGUGGAGAUGCUGGCAACAGGGAAGACCAAAUCAACAGGCUUAUUAGAAGGAUGAACUAAGGUAUCUACCAUGAUUGUUUUUGUAAUCUGGUCAGUUAAUUAAUAAACAGUGACUGCUUUCAAAUUGAAA